AUGCCCAUGAAAGAAGUCUCCAUCAUCGGCGCCGGCCUCUCCGGCCUCUCCCUCUGCCUCUUCCUGGCCAAACACAACAUCACCAGCAAGAUCUACGAACUCCGCCCAGCAAACACCACCUCCGAAGGCGCCGUGAUGCUUUCUCCCAACGCCCUACGAACGCUGGAUAUCCUUGGCCUCUACGCCCGCAUCAAAUCCAAAGGCUACCAUUUCCGCGACCUCUCCUUCAACAACAACGACCACGAAACAUUGGAUACAUACGAAAUGGGCAACGCGGACAAAUUCGGCUACGAUGCCCUGCGCGUCUACCGUCAAGUCCUGCUAGAUGAACUCAAAGCCAUGAUCGCCGAAGCGGGAAACGACAAGAUCGAAAUCCUCUACGAGAAGAAAUUCUCCCACAUCGUCUCUUCCACCACCACCGCCAACGACAACAACAACAAUAUAACCUUCGCCCUCACCGACGGCUCCACCCACACAACGCCCCUCCUCCUCGGCGCCGACGGAAUCCACUCCACCCUCCGCGCGCACCUCGCACCCACCGCAGCACAACCAACAUUCUCCUCAUUCCUAGCCAUAACCUUCCCCCUCAGCUCCUCACACCUCAUCCUCCCCCCAACACCAACCCCCUACCCCCUCCCCGUCUCCAUCUCCCACCCUUUAGGAGGAGCCUUCGUCCUCGCCCCCCAAAACCCCACCGCAACAGACCUCCUAGCCGGAACCCAAAUCCGCACCCACGACCGCCCCCGCAGCGAAUGGGACGCCUUCCUCCGCAACAAAGACCUCCUCUACAAAACCCACCUCCGCGGCCCCCACAACGACAAAUACAACUCCUGGAACGCCCUAAUAAAAUCCGCCCUCGACGCCUGCCCCCUCGAAAAACUCUCCCUCUGGCCCUUUUACACCGUGCCCAAAAUCCCUCGAUGGUUCUCCGAAGAAGACGGCGGACGAGUCGUGAUCCUGGGAGACGCUGCACAUGCGAUUCCGCCCGCGGCGGGGCAGGGGGUGUGUCAGGCGUUUGAGGAUGUGCAUUCUUUGGCUUUGGCGCUCGCGGCGGCGAAUGAGGGGGUGGUGGAGUGGACGGAGGGGUUGGGGUGGUGGCAGGAGUAUCGACAGGGGCGGGUGGAGAGGACGCAGGGGUUGACGGAUGAGAUGAAUAGGAGGCGGAUGCCCGGGUGGAGUGGGAUGGGGGCGGAGAGGAUGGAUAGUAGUUGGUUGUUUGGGGUGGAUGUGGAGGGGGAUGUGAAGAGAUACAUCGAUGGGCAGAAGGGACGUUGA